AUGGUGAAGCCCGGUGAAAUUGACGAGAGUCUGUACUCGCGUCAGCUUUACGUUUUGGGCAAAGAAGCAAUGCUCAAAAUGCAGCACUCAACUGUACUGAUUAUUGGAUUAAAAGGGUUGGGUGUCGAAAUAGCUAAGAACAUCGCACUAGCCGGUGUUAAGUCGCUGACACUGUUCGACCCUGCGCCUGUGGUGCUUGAGGACCUGUCCACACAAUUCUUUUUGUCCGAAAAGGACGUUGGGAAGCCAAGGGCCGCCGUUUCGCAAGCGAAACUGGCAGAACUCAACUCUUACGUCCCAAUCGACGUCUUGGACUCGCUGCAAGACCAGGAGCAGCUGAAGAAAUAUCAGGUGAUUGUAGCCACAGAGACCUUGCCGCUCGAGCGCAAGAUUGAGCUGAACAACUUCUGCCAUGCCGCUGGCAUCAAGUUCAUUGCCACCGAAACCAGAGGGUUGUUCGGGUCUGUGUUCAACGACUUCGGCGAGGAAUUCACAGUUGUUGACCCAACGGGUGAGGAGCCUCAGUCCGGUAUCGUUUCUGACAUCGAGCCUGACGGAACAGUAACCAUGCUCGAUGACAACAGACACAAUCUGGAAGACGGUAAUUACGUGAAGUUCUCCGAAGUCGAGGGGCUCGAGAAGCUGAAUGAUGGUACUCCAUACAAAGUCGAGGUGCUGGGACCUUUUGCCUUUAGAAUAGGGUCUGUUAAGGAACUGGGUACUUAUAAGAAGGGCGGUGUGUUCACUCAGGUCAAAAUGCCUUUGAAGCUCUCUUUCAAGACUUUACAGCAGUCUCUGCCCAACCCUGAGCAUCUUUAUUCAGACUUUGCGAAGUUUGAAAGGCCUGGUCAGCUGCACUUGGGUUUUCAAGCUUUGGAUCAAUUUCAAGCCACACACCAAGGGCAAUUGCCAAGACCUUUCAACGAGGAGGAUGCAAAUGAGUUGAUCGAACUAACCUCGAAGCUGGCUGUCCAGCAGCCGAAGGUUCUGGGAGAAGGGAACUCUGUGAACAAAGAUAUAAUCAGGGAGCUCUCUUUCCAGGCGAGAGGUGAUAUCCCAGGUAUGGUCGCCUUUUUCGGUGGUUUAGUUGCUCAGGAAGCUCUCAAAGCCUGCUCUGGUAAAUUCACUCCUCUAAAGCAGUACAUGUACUUCGAUUCCCUGGAGUCACUGCCAGACGCCAAAGAAUACCCCAGAAACGAGGAAACUACGCGGUCAAUUAACUCACGCUACGAUCCCCAAAUUGCAGUGUUUGGCCUAGAGUUCCAAAGAAAGCUGGCGAAUUCGAAGGUCUUUUUGGUAGGUUCCGGCGCAAUUGGAUGUGAAAUGCUUAAGAAUUGGGCUCUUUUGGGUCUGGGCUCUGGCCCAGAUGGUAAGAUCUUCAUUACCGACAAUGAUUCUAUUGAGAAGUCCAACUUGAACCGUCAGUUCUUGUUCCGCCCAAAGGAUGUUGGUAGAAAUAAAUCAGAAGUGGCUUCAGAAGCAGUCAGCAAUAUGAAUCCUGACCUCCAGGGCAAGAUCAAGUGGAUGACGGAAAAGGUUGGCGCCGAAUCUGAGGAUCUCUUCAACGAUGAUUUCUGGAACGGGCUUGACUUUGUUACAAAUGCAUUGGACAACGUUGAUGCCCGUACUUAUGUCGAUCGCAAGUGUGUCUUUUACAAAAAGCCUCUAUUGGAAUCUGGCACACUGGGUACUAAGGGUAAUACUCAAGUGGUUAUUCCAAACGUGACAGAAUCUUAUUCAUCCUCCAGGGACCCACCCGAGAAAUCUAUUCCGCUCUGUACACUGCGUUCCUUCCCUAACAAGAUCGAUCACACAAUUGCAUGGGCUAAGUCUUUAUUCCAAGGAUAUUUCACCGAAGCGCCUGAAAACGUUAACUUAUAUCUCACCCAACCUGAUUUUGUUCAACAGACUUUGAAGCAAGCCGGCGACGUGAAGGGAAUUCUGGAGUCUAUCGCUGACUCUUUAAACAACAGACCUUACGACUUCGACGACUGCAUCAAAUGGGCGCGCCUAGAAUUUGAAAAGAAGUUUAAUCAUGAAAUCCAGCAACUUCUAUACAACUUCCCCAAGGACUCCAAAACGUCCACAGGAGCUCCGUUUUGGUCUGGGCCUAAGCGUGCGCCCGAGCCUCUGGUUUUCGACAUUAAAAAUCCAGAUCACUUCUAUUUUGUGGUUGGUGCUGCAAACUUGCGCGCCUUUAACUACGGGCUGACGGGAGACGAAGGUGAGCCGGAUAUUAGCCAUUAUGAGUCUGUCCUUGCUAACACUAACGUCCCUGCUUUCUCACCAAGGUCUGACGUGAAAAUCCAGGCGAACGAUGAUGAGCCUGAUCCAAACUCAAACAGCGAUGUUGGCGGCGACGCUCUGGAAGCUUUGACUGCAAGCCUCCCUGAUCCUUCCACGCUGGCAGGCUUCAAACUCUUGCCUGCAGAGUUCGAAAAGGAUGAUGACUCGAACCACCACAUAGAGUUUAUCACAUCGGCGUCCAAUGACAGAGCGCUGAACUACUCCAUCGAAACAGCUGAUCGCCAGAAGACCAAAUUCAUUGCUGGCCGUAUUAUCCCAGCGAUCGCUACUACUACAGGUCUUGUCACUGGACUAGUCAAUUUGGAGCUAUACAAGGUCGUUGACGGUAAAACAGAUAUUGAGGCGUACCAGAAUGGAUUCAUUAAUCUGGCGUUGCCUUUCUUCGGGUUUUCCGACCCUAUCGCCUCACCUCAGGGAAAGUACAACGAUAAAAGUUAUGAUAAAAUAUGGGACAGAUUUGAUAUCCGCGGUAACAUUACUUUGAAGGAGUUGAUUGAUCACUUCGACGAAAAGGAAGGACUUGAAAUUACCAUGUUAUCUUAUGGCGUUUCUCUCUUGUAUGCAUCAUUCUUCCCUCCCAAGAAGUUGAAGGACAGAUUGAACUUGCCCAUUACUGAGGUUGUGAAACUAGUUACAAAGAACGAGGUAGCGCCACACGUGAAAACUAUGAUACUAGAGAUAUGUGCAGAUGACAAGAAUGGCGAAGAUGUGGAGGUCCCUUACAUAACGAUUCAUCUGUGA